AUGAGCACUAGUAGUGAAGAGCAAGACACGACUCUUGGUCGCGGCUCUUCCCAUUUGUAUUCCCAACCGCGAGCUGGACCAUCUCAGCAAUCCAAAGAAGGCAGUGAUGAUGAUGAUCCGUAUGUUCGGUUUCGCGAAGAAGAUAUUGUUGAUGUUGACGAUGCGAUCACUGUGAUGUUGUCUUCGUUAAGAUUUGAACACAAUCGAAAGAUUGUGCCGACGGAACGAGAUGAUGAUGCUCUACGAAGAUUGCAUGAAAAAAUUUUCGCAAUAAUCACAAGAGAAACUGAUGACCAUCGUCGGCGACGAUUAAAAAGAGCUUUACCCGCCUCAAACUGCAUUCGCGAACAAGUUUUCUACCUGAGGAGAUCCCCGACGUCUCCUUCUCCAUCCUAUUUUCAUCGACUAUCUGCGGCUCUUGACACGAUCGUCAAAGAUUCGUUUGAAGAGGAGUAUCGAAAAGUCGCAACGAUUCUCGGACUUGUUGAAGCGCUUGCCGAGGUAUUGAUCUUGGAGAUCCACACAUUCGGUGUGUCUAAUAGCCAUCACAACGAGCAUCGGAGUAUUCGGAAACUGAUCGCGAACGCUCUGACGAAUCUCACGUAUGGACAGAUUCAUUCGAAACGACGACUUUGUGCGUAUGAUGGAUUUAUACGAUGUGUUGUUCGGAUAAUCAUUGAAUCACCGAAUGUGACACAAGUUUAUGCGGGACUCGUGCGAAAUUUGUCGUGGAUGGCUGACGCUGAAAUGAGCGAAUCGUUGCGGCCUACUGUUCAUGCGUUAGCGAUUGCAGCAGUUCACGCGAAUAAGAAUAGAGAUGAAGGAUGCGUAAAAGCCACUCUAUCAGCCCUUUGGAAUCUUGCAUCGCAUUCGGUCGAGAAUAAACGAACGAUUUGUGAUACGCCAAACUUUUUGGCACUUCUUGCGAGUUUAUUAUCCACCGAUGUUCGGCAUACGGGCAUCGGCGAGAGUGCAACGGGAAUUUUGAAAUAUGUAUCUCAAUAUCUUGCCAAUACUUCAUCGCAUCUCGAAUUGCGCAAUAUUCUUCUUACUGGACUUAUCUCUUUGCUUGGAAGCCCGACUUUCACGAUAUUGACGAAUACCCUGGGAGCUAUUGCGAAUUUGAUAUCGAAGGAUCCACAUCUUCAAAAUGUUCUUCGACAUGACAUGAAUGCCAUUCAGCAGCUGAAUUUGUUAAGGAAUUCGAAUCGUGAAGACGUUCGAGCUGCUGUCAAAAACGUUCUGAAUGCUGUAAAUCAGCCGACUGGACAUACGCGAUUCGGAGAAAUGUCUUGCUCAAUGGGCGCCGCAACUGGCAUGACCAUGAUGGAUCCAAUGAUGCAUUCUCAUCAUACCUACCAUUCGGCAUCCACGGCUUCCCCACGGCUUUUGCCUCUGAGAGCUACACGAGCGUCUCCUGGUCGUUUCAUGCAGCAACUCCACCCACCUCAGUCGUCAAUUGAUCAGAGAUCGUGCAGUUUGCCUCGUCACUUUGCUGGAGGAUUUGCUCAGCCUCCUCAAGGAAUGAUGGCUCAAUCUUACACCCGAACCGUCGAAACUCAGGAAAUGUUCAUGAAUCAGCCAGAAGCAAUUCAAGAGCAGAAUGAUGAUCCGAUUGUUGAGACACAAUCGGAAACCGCUAUGGGAACUCGGUCAAACAGUGCGAGAUCAUUGGGAAGCGCAGAUCCUGGGAGUGUGAUGAACACUGGCGGUUGGAAUUCGACCAUUGAUACUGCUGCUAAUAGCUCGAGAGCUCUUUCGCCGGUCUCGUUUUCCGAAAUUCCGGCGUCGCCAACAAUGUGUACUCAAGUGUUCAAUCUUCCAACAAAUUCGGAGACUGCUAGCGAGCAGCAGACUCCUGUCUAUAAUCAAAUGCCACCUCCAUCGGCAAUGAUCUCGUUUGCUCCAGCACCAACCACAUCUACAGGAUCCUCAACUCUGACUACCGUCACUGCCACUACUGCUCGCCAUAAUGCGACGCAGUUCAGCACGGGAUCGAGCAAUACAAUGACUCGUAGUGGAAAUACAACGAAGCCUGCUGAGGAACUUGAAAGUCCGGAUGAUGUACUACCUGGGCCAAAUUUUGAUGAAGGCGACUACGCGGUGAUUCCAAAUGACGAGGAAUUGUUAUCGCGGUCGAUUCAGGCUGAAAUGCCGAGCCGACAACAGGCGAAGGUCUCGCCACGACUCAAUGGAUUCUUCUCUCCUCCACUUUCAUCGCAAUCUGGUCAACAGAGCACAAAUUCCGCGUGGUAUUCAACUGCAAACCGAAACAAUUCGGAUUCGGACCGUCUUCUUAUGGAAUGCAUUCUUUCGGAGAUGCCUCAAUCUACUUCGCCAUCGCAACAGCAUCGACGACAUUCAAAAAACGAGCAAGCCGAUCGCCGCGACGCAACCAUCGCAUCGCAUGAGCCCAGCGAUCAUGGCGUACAAAUCAUCGAGAAUCUGAAUGUGACGGGCUCGAAUUGCCAUCGAUCGACAUUGGGACGCAUGGAAUCGCUCGAGAGUCAGGCGAGCAGCGAUGACAGCUUCGGAGUUAUGCGAAGCGAAUCGUCGCAUCAUACGAUGAUGCGCGAAGAUGUUGACACCUCGAUUCCGGCGGAUUGUUAUGAUGAUGACGACGAUUACGACGACUAUGAUGAAGAAACCGAUCUCGAUGCGACCCAUUUUGAGGAUGGUACACAUCCCAAUAUGACUAUCGACUGCUCAAUAAUCAGUUCGGGAAGCGCGGCGAGUCUCAAAGGUGAGCGAACGAGCUCACGCGAAAAUCGAGCAUUAGCGACAUCGACCCCCAAAGGAUCCAGUUCUGGAAUUCCGACGAUAAAGGCAGCUCAUAGAGUCCCAACAAGGGUGGCGACAGCAAGAAAAACUCGGCUUCCAGUACCAAAAACGAAUGGAUCUUUAGCGGAUAAGAUCACAAAGCCACCACCAAUGUCGCGCCCCAGACUUCCACCAAAGCCGAUGACGCUGAAUCGUGCCGUGAGCCCAGAGGAGCCGAACGAUGAUCAAAAAGACGAGACAAUUUAUGUGAAUGCGCCGGCUGUUCAAGAAAAAGAGCAGAUUUACGUGAAUACUGCCCACAAAGAGCCAGAAGCGGAGACGACGUCAAUUGGCAGCGGAGCUUCAUCGACAAAGUCGAUUUUGGUGCCGCCUUAUAAUUAUCAGAAGCCAUUUGUUACACGAAGCAGUGGAGAAAUGUCAGAGAAAUCGGUGCAGCCAAACCCGAAACAAAUGCUAGUUACGACGGUUUGA